CGUAAAAUAUUUUAUUCUAUUUCUAUUAUCAAUUCACGCACUCGGUAUAACUUUAAUAGGGUAAACAAAGAGGGAGGAAAUCGAGUAUUGAUCAUUGUUUCGUCUAACCGUUAUCCUUAAUAUGGCCGCUUGUUUUAAAAUAACGACUUUGUUUCACAAUCUUCAGAUAAAGUGGGGCCAAACAUUUGAUAUGAUGAAAAUGAAAAAUAUCCUGUUCAUAAUACAUGCAAAACAACUGGCCUUUGUUAUAUAUAGUGAACCACAAACUUUGUCACCUCUUCAUUAUUCAAAAACCUUCCAAAAUAGAGGGAAACGGAAAGAGAAUCAUUGAGGUUAAACUGUUAAAGACAUGAAGAGGCAAGAAGAAGAAGAAGAAGAAGAAGAAAAAGAAGGGUCACCAAUCUAUGGAGACCUCUUAGAAGAGGUCUUCGCUCGUGUGCCCCUCAUUGAUCUAGCUUGUGCAUCUCAUGUAUCAAAAUCAUGGGAAUUCGCGGUUUCAUCUUCUUUAGUUCAUAUCAACAAAGUUAAGCCGUGGCUUAUAGUUCAAACCCAAAAAACAACGUCCAUAGCCAAAAGCAUUACAACUCAUGCUUAUGACCCUCGAUCAGGUACGUGGGUUGAGUUGUGUCAAUUAUCUAUGCCUACUAAAUAUAUCAAGCCCCUUCAAUCCUCGGGGUCCUCCCUUUUCUAUGAACUCUCUCACGAAGGACUAUCCUUCUCGGUGGACCCCCUUCAUUGUUCUUGGCACCACAUCCCGCCGCCAAGUGUAUGGCGGGUGGAACCCAUCGUGGCCCUUGUCGGGCCCCACGUCGUUGUAGCCGGUGGAGGCUCGGGUUACUGGGAUGAGUUGGAUGACCCACUCACGGUCGAGAUGUAUGACAUGGAGACCUCCCAUUGGUCUAGGUGUCAAUCCAUGCCUAGCAUCCUUAAGGACUCAGCAGCUUCCACGUGGCUUUCCAUGGCAUCCAAUCAACACAAAAUGUAUGUAACAGAAAAAGCUUCCGGCAUUUCAUACUCUUUUACCCCAAAAAUCAAGACCUGGGACGGGCCGUAUAAUCUACGGCCCGAUCCAAGUGUCUAUUUCUCAGCUAUUGGAUUCGCCGGCGAUGAUUUAAUCAUCGCCGGCUUAAUUGGCCACGCCAAAGACGUCAAAACCCUCAAACUAUGGAGAAUCAACCUUGAAGUUAUGGGAUCAGACGAAAUCGGGGAGAUCCCGUUCGAGUUAUUAGAGAAGUUACAGGGGGAGAACUCUUAUUUCUUAUCCUCGAUUACAUUAUUGGCAACUAAAGAUUUCAUUUACAUCUACAAAACUUCAGAUCCAGAAGAAAUAAUUUUCUGCGAAAUUAUUGAAGGUGGAUUAUGCAAUUGGGGAAGUGUGACAAAUAUAGUUUUGAAUGAUGACUGCAAAAUUGGAUCAAAAAUGGUGAUGAGCUGUGGUAGGGUUGAUAUUGCUGAUUUGCACAUGGCAAUGAAUUCUAGAAAUCUCACAUUUGUGGCAAAAUAAAAUAAAGUUUCAAAAUCUUACAUUAAUUGUUGAACGUGUAAUAUAAUCCAAGGGUUUUAUGUUCUUGUGUUAUUCAUUAGCAGUUUUUUCUUUCCCCGA